AGUUUCUCACUCAAUCCAGCUAAAUCGAUUUUUAUUUAGUUCCAUACGAAACGUGGAAUUGUCAAGUUAUUCAAUCUGAACCACAGUCGCAUGUGUGUUGUGUACAUCAUAAAUAUUAUACCCCAAUAUUUAAUUCCCCGGCACUAGAAUAAUUAUGGAAAAUAGUAAUUCAUCUCAACCAUCAAAAUGGAAACAAUUACAAUUAUUAUUGAAUACUGUCAAUCAUAUUUUAAUCGGUUUUGUAGUUGUUUAUAUGACCUUUUUAGCUAAAAGUUUAAGUUUUUCCGAUACAUCAUUACACGCGCUAGUUUCAACAAUUGGGUUUCACCUUUUAGCUGCAGAAGCUAUGAUGUGCCACUAUCCGGAGAAUAGGUUAACUAGAAACUUUUCUCACAGAACGAAAACAAGGCUCCAUUCGGCCUUACAAAUUGUUGGUGGUUCUAUGGGUCUAUUAGCCGCAAUAGGAAAAUUUACAAAAACUGAAGUUCAUUUUACAACAAUUCAUGGAAAGUUUGGACUUGCAACAUCUUUUAUGUGCUUUGCCAGUAUGAUGGGUGGAGUAGUAAACACCUAUCCGUUCCUGCUUAAAAAACUAUUCAAACCUGUCCAAAUUAAACUACGUCACAAUUUAUUCGGCUUGAUCACAUUCACACUGGCAAUGUCAACCAUUUUUCUUGGCUACAACACAAUUUUCUUUUACAAGUUUGUUGAUUCCUAUUUUAUUCCGUUUAUAAGCUCAGUAACAUUGGUUGUAUGGCUCUUGACAAUUAUCGGGCCCACAAGGUCGUUGCUUGGUAAAUUGAAGUACCGAAGGUAAAGAGGCAAACAACAAAAAAGUAGCUUAUAGGUACAUGGAGAGAUGCGCAUGUGGUUGUUCAUGUCCUGUCCAUCCCUCGCAAAAGAAAGUGCCGCAAUAAAGAUUUUCUUUUUUUAACAUAA